AUGUCGUCUCAAUACAGCUGCAUGAAGUGUCAGACCGACAGUCACAGUUACCUGUACUGCCCUGAAGUGACAUGUACCGAGUGCCACACUCAAGGUCACCACCACUAUGUCUGUCCGAAGUUAAGCAGUCAAGAUAAGCAGAAGACUCCCCAGGGCCCAUGUUACAACUGCCAAGUCGUGGGUCAUUUCGCUGCAGAUUGCCCAGAACCCAGUCAAAAGAAAACUUCAGCAGCGCCGUCCAUGUCGACACCAGUGACACCAGUGACACAAGUGACACAAGUGCUUCAUCUCAUAGAAGCCAUGCAUAUCGAUGUCCGUGCUCUAAAAGAAUGCAUCGCACAACUCCAUGUAGGCAUCACACCACAUCUAGGGAAAAGAAAACGGGACAGAAGCCCCUCAAGAAAGCACCUUUCAAAGCGCCGACGACGUCAUCAGUCUGAGGAGGAGGAGGAGGUGGAGAAUGAAGAAGAUAGAUUAUCUGAGCAAAGUGACUAA